UCCAGGAGCUGGCCUGUGCUCCACUGCUCAAGACCCCUCCUUCAUGACCUUUUGUAGGCGAAGUCUUCUCUGGAAGCUUCCACCCACUCUGCUCCUUAUAAAGGUAGACAGAAUAGCCAGCAGAACAGAGAGGCUGAGAUCAACGCAGCAACUUCCAACCGUCUCCCUCCACCAUGCAGGUCUCCACAGGGCUUCUGUGCCUGCUGCUUGUGGCCACCGGCUUCACUUCCCAGGUGCUGGCUCACCCAGGCUCUAUCCCAUCUACCUGCUGCUUUGUUAUGACCAGUAAGAAGAUCCCCAAAUCACUACUGAAGAGCUACAAAAGAAUCUCCAACAGCAGAUGCACCCUGAAAGCCAUACUCUUCAAGACCAAGUCGGGCAAAGAGAUCUGUGCUGACCCCAAGAAGAAGUGGGUCCAGGAUGCCACAAAGCACCUGGACCAAAUCCUUCAGACUCCAAAACCAUAAACAAUCCCCUCUUUUGAGACUAACCCAGAGACAAAGAAGUGCUUGAUUCAUUCUCCAUUCCUAAGAUGUGCUCCGAGGUCAUCUCAGCACCAUUCCCCAAGGACUUGGCUUCAUUUAGUUAUGGAUGGAACUGGAAGUCAUUAUGUUCAGUGAAAUAAGCCAGACUUGAAGAAGUUGUGUAAUUUCUUGGAUAUGCAAAAUCUUAAAACCGGGUGGGGGCAUGCAAGUAGAUGUCAGAUUAUUGAGGAAUGGGAUGGAACAGGAUUGGGAUAACUGAGGAUAAUAGAUGGGUAAAUAUGAUCAAAGCACCUUAUAGACAUGUGGGGAAAUGUCAUGAUACAAUACACUGUUUUGCACAAUUAAUAUAGACUAAUUAAAAUAUUGACAUUUUAAAACAUGUUACAUUUAAAUAAUUGGAGUUUGAAAGCGUAUUUUUUCAUGGAUAUCAGUUCUUUUUUGCUUGUUUGUUUGAGACAGUGUCUCACUGUAUCACUCUGACUGACAUAGAACUCAAUAUGCAGGCCAGGCUGACCUCAAACUCACAGAGAUCUACCUGCCUCUGCCUUCCAAGUGCUGGGAUUAAAGUCAUAUGCCACCAUGCUAAGCCAAAAUGUCAUUUAUUAGUAUAUACUCAUUAUAUGCAAUCAAAUAUUUUACUACAACUUUCCUUACAUAUCAUUUUUAAGAUAUAAAGCUUUGAGGAGAUUCCUGUCUCUCUGUGAGUCCUGAUUAAGUCUUCUUGUGGUCUUCUCCCCACUUACCUGGUAAAGAUCACCAUUGUGGAAGUGUUUUUGUAUUUCCAGGAGGAUAUUGUUAUUGGGGAUGUAUGGUGUGUGGUAUUAAAUGGAAGUGAAUUGGUUUGGACAUUCAUAAAAUCCAUGCAUAUCUUAUUACUACUCAGUUGUGGUUUUUGUGGGAAAUCCCAUUCAGCUGGGGUGGGGUAAAGAUGGCAGUUGUGGGAGAACUGUUUGUGAGGUGGGGCGUUCUUCCUUAAAAAGGGACUCUUGGGCAUGCCUGGUGUUUAUUGAAAUCCAGAUGUUCCAUUCUGGCCUUAGGA